UAUGCUAUUAUGGCGACUUCGAUAGAUCGCGUUGCGCGGUAUUGCGUGAUACGAUUGAUUCCCGUUAGAAUAUGGCAAAAGGUGAUAAAGAGUUAGAAAAACCAAUAGUGAAUAAUGAACUACCUAAUCCGGAGUGUCGGAGCACGGACCAUGAAGACUCGGAGUCGACACAGGAGCAGCCUCUCGACAUCGGAGAGCAUUAUUUGGUGCGGCGUUCGGAUGAGUCAUGGCACCCGGCUGAGAUUAUACAGACGCGAUACAAUGCCGCGGAGGGCUGCUACGAGUAUUAUGUGCACUAUGUGGGCUACGAUAGAAGGCUCGAUGAAUGGGUAUCCCGCCACAGGGUUAUGUCAGAUAGAUUCGACAUGUGCGAACAGUCGAACAACAACAUAAACUGUGAUCACCUGCUGACCGAUAAGUCCGGCCGGAAGAUAACAAGGAACCAGAAACGUAAACACGAUGAAAUCAAUCAUGUUCAGAAGUCUUACGCGGAGAUGGACCCCACAACAGCGGCGCUCGAGAAGGAACACGAAGCUAUCACUAAAGUUAAAUACAUCGACAGGAUCCAGUUUGGCAAAUACGAGAUAGAUACGUGGUACUUCAGCCCCUACCCUGACGAAUAUGGCAAACAAUCAAAGCUUUGGAUAUGUGAGUACUGCCUCAAAUACAUGAGAAUGGAGAAAACAUACAGGUACCAUCUAAGCGAGUGCACGGCGCGACAACCGUUAGGUAGUGAGAUAUACAGGAAAGGAACAAUAGCUAUAUUUGAGGCAGAUGGCAAGGAACACAAAAUCUACUGUCAAAAUCUUUGUUUAAUCGCUAAAUUGUUCUUAGAUCACAAAACAUUAUAUUUUGAUAUAGAGCAGUUUCUAUUUUACAUUCUGUGUGAAGUUGAUAAGCAAGGAGCACAUCUUGUUGGCUACUUUUCUAAAGAGAAGGACUCUCCGGAGGGUAACAAUGUUGCUUGUAUAUUGACGCUACCUCCAUACCAGAGACAAGGCUAUGGUAAGCUGCUUAUAGCAUUCAGUUACGAGUUGUCCCGGCUUGAACAUGUUGUGGGUAGUCCUGAGAAGCCGUUGUCAGACUUGGGCAAGCUAAGUUACAGGUCCUACUGGUCAUAUGUAUUGCUAGAAGUGUUAAGUGUGAGCAGAGGUACCUUGAGUAUCAAAGAUCUGAGUUCUAUGACAGGAAUAUCACAAACAGAUAUUAUAUCUACACUCCAAUCUAUGAAUAUGGUGAAAUAUUGGAAGGGGCAGCAUGUAAUAUGUGUUACACCGAAGAUAGUAGCUGAGCAGUUAGCUAGCUCUCAUUUCAAGAAGCCCCGCUUGACUGUAGACCCUACCGCAUUGAGAUGGACUCCUCCGCACAAGCAAGGGAACUCAGCGAAAGCCAAAAAGUAGUACAGGCUAACAGGCACAGCUUAGAGAAUACUUAAAAAAUAAGUCACCACCAAAGGACUUUUCUCUAAAUGCUGGCCUGUUCAAAAAAUACAAGGAAAUAGGUAACCAAUAAAUAAUAUUUAAUGCGCUAUGAUGUAAUUUUAAUAUCAAUAAUUUGUAUGCAUAUUUCCAAAUGCAUGGAAUGUGAAUUUUUUCAGACUUAAGUAUUUUCAGGUAUGUGAUUGUCAUUUUCUUUUUGAUGUUAAAAAUACAUCUGAAGCUGUAUGCAGUGUAUAGAUCAUUGCUAGAGUAUUAUUGGUAAGUUACAAAUCAUUUUUGGUUUUAAGGAAAUCAAAUGUUCUGUGGCAUUUGUUGAAGAAGAUAUAGAAUUAAAAUUGCUAUAAAGAAAUACCAGUGAAGGAAUAACAAAGCAUUUGGAAGUAACAGUAGAGUAGUCAUAAUAUAGAAAAUUAAGAAAAAAAUUAUAUUAUUGUAAACAAAAAAAAAGGAUUUAAGUGCAUGAUAAAGUCUUAUUAGUAGAUUUGGCUUUAAGUCUCAGUUCUCCAGUAUGUUUUGGUUAAAGCAUGAAUAACAUUGUAAAUAUAGCUCAUUGGACCAUUGUAAUGUGACUAUAAAAUAUGUGUAUAUCAUAUAAUAUCAUGUUAAUGACCAAUUACAUGCAUUAUGUAUGUAGUUGACUCAAACCACUUAUUAUGUCACUAUUUGUAUUCAUAAUUGCACUUUUGUAAGUGGUAGAUUGUAACAAAUCAUAGUUUGUACCUAUUUCUUAAUUUAAAAACUGCAAACAGUCUAUUAGCUGUCCAUUUUUGCCAGUUGUAUUUUUUAUAUUCAUUAAUGAUUAUUUUUAUAAUGUUGUAGACUGGUAACUCUUAAUGUCUUGUCAUAAUUGUGGGAUAAAAUAAGUAUUAUUGUUGUUUAUACUGCAGAUAUUCAAAUAAAUAAGCUAAAAUUUACUUAUUAAGCAGGUCAUUUACAUUAUAGAUAAUUAUGAUAAGAUAGGUACAAAAUUCAUGAAUCUUAGAGUUGCCAGAAGUCAAAUGAAAACUUCAGUGUUAGGUAAUAAGAGUUGGUUUCAUUUGAUAUCAACAUGAAUAACUGAUUCAAGUAUUUUAAACUCGUUUUAUCCACACAUUGUGUAAACAUGAUGAGAUAAUAUUCUAAUUAGAAUGCCAUUGACCUUCCAUUUUGAUUUUUCUCCAGUGUGACAUCAGAACUUGUGGUUUGGAAGCAGAAUUCAAAUGAAAUAAACUCUUGUUACCUCUCUCAUCCCAAAGUUUUAACUGUAAAUUAGAUCUGUAUUCUACAACUUGUUCAGUUCCUUUUUAUACUGGCAACAGUGAUACUAAUGGUUAAGAUUUAAUUAAGUUUCUACAGUGAUGAUUGAAACUGUCUGACAGUAUGCAUCUUUAAUUUAGCUUUAAGUAAACUAUCGUCGUUUAUAUGUUUUACGACUAUUUCUGUAACACGGAUGUUACAAAAACUUAGUUAUAAGUAGAUGUGUUUAGGUGUAGUGAUAAAGUAGCGCAACUGGCAAUUUUGCGCAGUUUUUCCAUUUCAAAUUUGCCUGAAAAUAUCUAAAAAAUGUAAUGUUAUUCAUUGUUAAAAAAAUUCAUCACUCUAUGCCUCUGAAGUCCAUUCAAAAGAUGGUAUUGAUAUUUAAAGUAUUAUGCAGAAAUUGUAUAAGGAUUAUAAUUCAUAACAAUUGUUAUAAUUAAUAUUAUGACCUUGUUAAAUUAGAAUUUGAAUAGUUGAAAUCAAAAUGUCAUAAAUAUUUGAAUCCAAUUAUGUUCAACCUACAUGUAAAAAUGAUUCUAUGAUUAAAAUGUUAAUUUAUGCGAAGUCCUAAAAGUCGGCCCGCGUAGGCAGGCCAUUAUUGUCAGAAUAUCAUUUUUAAACAAGCUUGUUCCGAAUUUUUUCAUGACAUUAGGAAAUGUUUAAAACUGAUUUACAAAAAAAAUGGUUUCAAUGCUAUGAAUUCGUUAGUUCCGUAUUCAGUAUCUAAGCAUAGUAAAUGUUUUUUUUUAUGUUUAACAUUUGAUAGAAACGUGUUUUUAUCGGUUUUGCUAUUCCACUAUUUGAAUAACUGCUUCGGUAUUUCGGAACAAAGCAUCAGAACUCCUUGAUUGCUUUCAAAAUGUAACAAUGGUUAAUAUGCUGCAUAGUUAGAGUAUGAACUAGUACGCUAAUUAGGUACCCUCGCAACAGCUGCUGAGGACAUGUCAGUUGAAUGAACUGCCCUCGAAAUAGUGCGGCUCGUGACUAUUACAUCACCCUACUGAGGUGAACACACUGAAAUUAUUGUGAAAUACUUCUGAAAUAGUACUGAACAAUGCGAAAUUCUUUUAGGUUAAGCUUGAUUUUAAUUCCGUAAUGUUAAUUUGCAAUGUAAGCAUCUUUAGUUGAUAACAAUUUGCCACUAAUGUUGUGUCAAGUUGCAUUAGAAAUUUAAAGGUCUACCCGUUGCCGUUUUUAUUAGAUUCUGUGAAUCAUCAGUAAUUUUCACUGUUUAUUUGUGAUAAUUUUUAAUUGUAAGUAAAAGUGUCCAAUAAAAUGAAUGCAGAAAGCAAA